CCCGCCUACUUUUUGCUGGUCCUCUUCUCUCAGCGCCUUGCACCGCCCGUCUAGAUCCUCACUCCUCUGCCUUGCUGGCCCAUCUCUGCCGUCGCUUCGCGCGCUGCGCCGCCGCCGUCGUCCGCGACAACAACCGCGUAAAUCCCAGGUCCAUUGUUGUCGCCGCUUCUCCAAAGGGAUCGGCCUGAACGCCAUAUACAAUGACCUAAGCUUCCCUCACAAUUGUACGCUUCAAUCCCGUCAGCCUUCCAACUGGCUUCACUUGCGCCAGCGAGAUGGACUUCCCACAACGUCGUCGCAAGAUCUCGACCUACGGAAAAGCGUCGCGCACUACCAACUAUACCUUGAACAACGAUAUCGGAUCACCGGAAAAGCCGCGCACUACAAAACCAAUAUGGAAAAGUCGGGCUGCGCAGAGAAGUGUAUCAGAGAAGCAAGAUGGAGGAGCUGAACAGCCUCCCGCGCGGACUUUCGCUGUCUUCGACGUCCCGUCGUCUGAAGAUGAACGUCCGUCAGUAGCAAAGGCACCGGCAAAGCCUCGACUGCCCACUGGAAGUUCUUCCAAAACCUCCAGCAAUAAACGAUCUAGUCAAACCAGUGAAGACUCCGCCUCCGAACAACUGCGGAAUGAAAUCGCGGCUGCUGAGAUAAGAAUGUCUCCUCAGAAAACCACUCCGGAGUCCAAGGAUGAGUUUGAUGGACUAACACAAGGAAAAAGUACGUCUUUGUUGCCGAACAAUCAGCGGACGAAUGCAGAUGGUCGGCGUCGAAAGGCUGCAGUUGGCAGUGCGCAAGCUCCAGACUCUGAUGCAGCAAGCGAAUUGCGACUUAAGAAGAGACCCCACUCUGUUACGGAGCUCUCAGUGGAUGAAGCGGGUCCCGCAAGUGCGGCGCAAAAAAGGUCCCACAAAUCUUUAAAGAGCAAGCGUAAUGCAAGUGCGCUGCACAAAGAUUCACAUGUAAAAACAAAAGUUCCAUCUACCUUCACAGCGGAGACUCUGGAGCAAACAAAGAUGCGAAAACCAAUGCCAAUUCUCUCUGCUUCUGCGAAUGCUCCAAAAGAGCAAUCGACCAGUCAAGCUACAAAGAAACCAGAUGUUAAGCGCUCUGGGGAUCUAGCAAACAAAUCUGAAGCUGCUCCAGCGACCAGGGCAGUGAGCUUAGAAAAGCCACGGCGUACCUACGGUGCCUCGUCAAAAGCAAGGCUUCCGAUGCAAAAGGGCAAAUCUGUUCCAUCGUUGCUGCAAACCAUGCUACCUUCCACCGAAUCUAAGCCUUCCAUCCCACCAGAGCCUGAAAUGUCUCGCAUGUCCCCACCGGAUUUGGAUGAAGAUCUAGAAGUUGAUUUGCCAUCAACGCCACCAAGAAGGACGUCCCAAUCACCAUUCGGAACGGUCACCCCGCGACAAAAUCAAGCGUGGAGCAACCUGCUUGACGAAACGGCUACGUCGAGUUCAAGCCGUCUCAGUCUGGAUGAUCUACAGCUACACACCGUCAAGCCUCGCCGUACUCAACUUCUCCGCACCACCCCCGACUUCUUAUCUACCCGUCAGUCUUCAAAGGCACGCCUGAUAGACACAUUGAAGCAAGAUGCUUCAGUAGAUAGUGAAGAAGAAGAUGGAGAUGAUAGCCUCUAUGACUAUAGCGAUGUACUUCCGAAGAAACCGCUGGCCAACAGCAGCCAGUCACUCUCCGGGGGCACCAGAGGCAACACUAAGGCUGCAUCUCAAGGAACCGCCAGUACUUUUUCCCAGGAAGCAAGCUCUUCUCAGGCUAUACCCAUUGCUGCUGGCCCAAAACUUACAUAUGCCCGUACAAGGUCAUACCUCAAUGAGGAUAGCCUUGAAGACGCUCUCAACAUUCCACUGCCAAUGGACAUAAGUCCAAUGAAGGCAGGGUCCAGAGGAAAAGGUCAAUCAGGGUAUUUUUCAGGUUCGCAGGACGAUGACCUGGAAGACAGUCAAAGCGGUAUGCGUAACAUACAUGAGCUCCGCGCUGCUGGCGGCGCUAGGCGUAUGGUAGAUGAUAUCGAGAACUUGCUCGACGACAUUGAAGCGAAGAAGGCGAACUCUAUGUCAAGACGUCGCAGCGCGCUUCUUGAGCUAUGCUUAAAACUAACCGACAAGGCUUACAUUGGUCGUAUGGUUGACCAUGGUCUUGACCACCGACUUUUCUCGACUUGUGCCGCUGCAACCGACACGGUGCUCAGCUUUGCCACUGCUGCUGCUGUCAUAUUCUUCGUAAUGAACGAAGCUCCGCCAAGUGCUCUGAAUGAGAUUUACCAGUCCGGGAUCUCGGAGAGGCUUACGUCGCUUCUCAGUAUUGAUGCAGACAUCAACCAAAUUGCGAAAGAACGCAAGACUAAUAUGUCGAAAGUUGCUAAGAAUGCCUUGGCCGACUUCCGAAAUCAAGUUGCGGAGCAGAUUUGGCUAGACGAGGCCCCUGAAGUGGUAUCCCCGCUCUUGAUCGGUCUCAAAAGUAUCGAACUUCUCGUACGGAGGCUGCGAGAAAACGGCAAUAAAGCGGACCUUCUCGGGUAUGAGAUCUGCGCGGACGUGUCACAGCUUGCUAAGUUGCCGUCGGAGAAGUUGGCAGCAAACUCGGCAACGAAGGCUGAUAUUACUCUGUUGGAUCUCGUCAUAUCCACAUUGGAGUCUGCCUCCAUCAACGUGUCAGUCUGGUCUGGCUCCGGCACCGACCCUGCGGGAUCCAUCAGCCAAGUGGCUAAGUCCAUAACGAGCAUACUGAGCACCGACACUGCACAGUACGAGCAAUUGGAGGUACUGGCUCUCAGACUAACAUUGAAUCUUACGAACAACAAUCCCAAGAUAUGUGAGAUGUUCUCUACCCCUUUGUUUGUACAGUCCAUGGUACGCUCGAUUGAUACGCGGUGCCAAUUGUUGCAUUCACACCUUGAUGAGGAGGAACAUAUCAAAACCUUGGAUCGAUUGGUUCUCUCUCUCGGAACCAUGAUCAAUCUCGCGGAAUUCAACGACCAAGCGAGGAUCUCAGUCACCAGCGACGACGACGAACUUUUGCACUCUCUUGUUCGGUCCUUUGCCUCUGGCAUAGAAAAGGCUGAACAGGCAGACUCUGUGGAAGAGUCUCAAUCUGGUGUAGCAUAUGGUUACCUAGCUGUCCUUUUAGGAAACAUGUGCCUCAACGACUCGAUGCGGGAGAAGAUCCGCUCGCAGCUCCCCAACAAGCGCAUGGAUAUACUUGUUCGUGCGGUCGAGCAGUUCAUCUUCGUGCACCAGAAGGUGGACCGCGAAUCUCUCCAGGAUGGGGAAGAGGGGAGGGAGCUGUGGGCCAACUUUACGGCGCGCCUGCAAGCUGUCGUUCAACGCCUGAAACAGAGCGAAUUCGACUAGGGCGGUACUCCUAGUCCAGUUGUCGGAAGGCGUUUGGAAUGGAACGGAAUGCUCGUCAUGGAUGAAUGAUGAUGAAUGAUGAGCCGGUGGGACGAACUGGUAUGUCCGUAAGGUACGGCGGACGGAGGAUAUGAGAUACCCGGGUGCAUGCAUGGGAAUACUGAAAGCUCAGCGAGCUUGGUCGGAUCAACCAAGGGUCACAGUAUGUACAUAGAUAGACAUUCUAUGGUUGUAUUGACUCGACGAUUGGCACUAAGAUGGGUAUUG